AUGUUACCGUUUCGUUCCGAGAAAUUAACAUUUCCGCUGUGCCGUACGUGUGUACAAAGACAACAGCGUGAAACGUGUGAUCACGACGAUGAGCAGCGUGCACUAUACGGCACGUGGACAAGUAUUGAAAUUCAGAAAGCUCUACAAUUAGAUUACCGUAUUUUAAUUGUCUAUGAAAUCUAUCAUUAUGAGAAACGUGAAAAAAUAUUCGAUCAAUAUGUGAACACAUUUAUAAAACUUAAGCAAGAAAGUAGCGGGGUACCGAAAAAAUGUCUAGACCAAGACGGUACGCUGGUAAAAGAAAAGUUGCAAGAGUAUAUUGAUGAUUAUCUAAAACAUGAGGGGGUUGUUUUGGAGGCCAAUAAAAUGAGUUAUAAUGCAGGUCAGAGAACGGUUAUGAAGGCUUUAUUGAAUUCUUUGUGGGGUAAAUUGGCCCAAAACGAAGAUGUUACGGUUGUGUCGUUUUUAGAAUGCAUGGACGAUUUGUUAGAAUUAGUAAACGACCGCACUGUAGAAGUGACCUCUUUAGAUUUUAUUAGCGAUAAUAUCGCAAGAACAACUCAUAGAAAAACAGCCAGUCUAACACCACUACCCAACCGUAAUGCAAUUAUUGCGUCGUUCGUCACAGCGUAUUCCCAUUUGGAAUUAUUAGAGUAUUUGCUUAAAUUAGGCUCGAAUGUUUUGUAUUAUGAUACGGAUUCGGUAAUUUUUAUCGAGGAUCGUGCAAAGGGUAAAUAUUUAGAAACUGGCGAAUAUUUGGGGCAAAUGACCGACGAGUUAAUUGAAAAGAAAACAAGUGCAAAAUGGAUUGAACAAUUUUGUUCGGCAGGGCCAAAAUCCUAUUCGUAUCGUACGAAUGUCUAUACGCGUUACAAUGAUGACGGUAGCGAAAGUAAGCAACAAGAUGAAAUUGUGCAUGUCAAGGGUUUUUCAUUAAAAGGGGCCGCAAAAAAACUGUUAACAUUCGAUAGCAUUCGAGAGUGUGUGGAAGACCCUUCCACAGAAAUUGAGAUUACCUAUCGGGAAUUUGUGCGUGAAAAUACUCAGAGUAUUUCGGUGCAACAAAAUGUGAAAAAAUUUAAAUUUACCUUUGAUAAGCGUGUUGUGCAUGAAGAUUUUACAACUACACCUUUUAGUUAUCGAUGA